AUGAAGGUCCUCCGGCUUGAAACCGACGGCGGCAAAUCACCAGUUGAAGAGUUGAAGUUGAUUUUGAUUCCGCCUCGGGUGUUGCCGCAGAUUCUCACGCCUCGACCACGUUUCCCAACAUCAACGGCCGAUCUGCCACCCGGCUCUCCUCCUGCCUGCAGAUCCACUCUGCUCGACUAUUCCGGCUCGGUUCGCGCGGACGAAAAACUUCGGGUUGUACGUGUACGAUGGUAUCUUGUGCUCCUCCGCACAGCAUUCGGCGACAGACACACAUGGGCGCAUCCUCUCCAGGCCGACCCUCCGCCCAGAUUGCCCAAAUCCGCGACUGAGGAGACGCUAUAA